CCGCCCGCAGGCGUGAAGACCCCUUUGUGGAAGAAGGAACCGGAGGAGCCCCGGGCCAGAGAGGAGGAGGCGGAGGAAGCCGAGGAGGGGUUGGAGGAGGAGGACGAGGAGAGGCUGCCGGAGGAGAGCGCGGCCGAGGGCGAGGCGGAGUGCCAGGACGCGGAGGGCGGCGAGGGCCAGCGGGACUCGGUGUCCUACUGCCCGCUGCGCCAGGAGUCCAGCACCCAGCAGGUGGCGCUGCUGCGGCGCGCGGACAGCGGCUUCUGGGGCUGGCUCAGCCCCUUCGCGCUGCUCGGCGGCCUGGCGGCUCUCGCCGACAGGAAGCGGAGCCUCCCGGAGGAGCCGUGCGUGCUGGAGACGCGGCGGCAACAGCCGCGCAGAGGGGGCUGCGCGCGCUGCGAGAUCCUUUUCUGCAAGAAAUGCAGGAACCUGCACAGCCACCCGGCCUUCGUGGCGCACUGCAUUCUGGAGCACCCGGAUCUGGGCGAGGCGCGGGCUUCGGGAGGGGCGGGGGCCGCCGGGAGCCCCUGAGCGUCCCCACUUCCAGCCUUUGUGCCAUCCAUUCUCGCCUGACCC